CCCUGCCUGUUCCGCGUGCGGGGGCGGAAGUUUCCCAGCAGCCUCUUUGGCCGCACUGAAGCAAGAUGGCAGCUGUUGUCGAGAAUGUUGUCAAACUGUUGGGUGAACAAUACUACAGAGAUGCCAUGGAGCAAUGCCAUAACUACAACGCUCGUCUGUGCGCGGAGAGGAGCGUGCGCAUGCCCUUCCUCGACUCCCAGACCGGCGUGGCUCAGAGCAACUGCUACAUUUGGAUGGAGAAGAGGCACAGGGGGCCUGGCAGGGCUCCGGGGCAGCUCUACACUUACCCUUCCAGGAGGUGGAGGAAGAAGAGAAGAUCUCAUCCCACUGAGGACCCUCGGCUAGUUUUCCCCUCGGCCAAGUCAGAGAUCGAUUUUGGACCAAAGAAAGACGCACUCUUGUCGUCUGACGGUAGCAGCCUGGAGGCCUUGCUAAAGGGCGACUCUCUGGAGAAACGCACACCCGUCGAUCCCCGAGCGUCUGAGGAAGAUUCCAACACCAGCGACUACUCUGUCGGCCUGAACCCUGCCACACGCAUCAGAAAGAAAAUCCUGGAGCCCGAUGACUUCCUAGAUGACCUGGAUGAUGAGGACUACGAGGAAGACACGCCCAAGAGAAGAGGCAAAGGCAAGGGGAAGGGUCGCGGCGUGGGCAGCAGCAGCAAGAAGAAGCUGGACUCUGCGGCGUUGGAGGAACGCGACAAGCCGUACGUGUGCGACAACGCUAUCAAACAAAAGCAUAUUUCCAAACCUUCUGAAAAAGUCUGCGGCAAGCGCUACAAGAACCGCCCGGGCCUGAGCUACCACUACACACACUCGCAUCUGGCCGACGAGGAGGGCGAAGAGACGGAGGAGACGGAGGCCAGCGAGCCACCGCUGCCAGAGACGCCCAAAACCCCAAAGAGAGGUCCGGAUGGGCUGGCCCUGCCCAACAAGUACUGCGACUUCUGCUUGGGAGACUCCAAAACCAACCACAAGACGGGCCAGUCCGAAGAGCUGGUGUCCUGCUCUGACUGCGGCCGCUCAGGCCACCCGUCUUGCCUGCAGUUCACCCCCAUCAUGAUGGCCGCCGUCAAGACGUAUCGCUGGCAGUGCAUCGAAUGCAAGUGCUGUAACAUGUGCGGCACCUCCGAGAAUGACGACCAACUGCUCUUCUGCGACGACUGUGAUCGAGGUUACCACAUGUACUGUCUCAAGCCGCCCAUGGCGGAACCCCCAGAGGGGAGCUGGAGUUGUCACCUGUGCGUGGACCUCCUGAAAGACAAAGCGUCCAUCUACCAGAAGCAGGACGCCCCGCCCUCGUGAUGGCCGCUCCUUCUGCACACACUUCUGCCGGCCUACUGCACUGAUGUCGGGCGAGUGUGUCCAGAGGGAGGCUGUGAUUGGUCCAAAGGGAAGUACGCGCUACCACGCUGGCCUCAUGUCUUCACACGUGACUCUUACGCUCUCCCAUUUUUCGUUCCGCGAGACCUUCAAGUGGAACUUCACUCAAAUCUAGUAGCAUGUCGUGCGAACCGUAGCUUUUUGACAAUUUCUAUAUUUCUAAAGUUGAUUUCAGUACACUCUGAGGACAAUUUUAAUUUGUUUAGAUUUCAGCGCGCACACAGGCUAAAAAUAGAUUACAUGACAAGCUUACUCGAAUGGCCCCAAAGACUUUGAGACUGCAGGGAGGUGGUCACAUCUCAAGUGAAAUAUUGCUCAAGAGCAAAUAUGCUACUCUUGAAUAUUUUUUUUAAUGAACCUCAACUGCUAAGGAUAUUUAUUAGCAAAUAUGAUGAUAUACGCUAAAGUAGGGCUGCACAAUAUAUUGAAAAAAUAUUAAAAUGCAAUAAGUUGUACGCUUUUAUCUGAAUUUGACCACUCAGAUGUAAAC